GGGUCUCCUGAAAGAGUUGGAGGUUUACAAGCGUCUUGCGUCCUCGAGGCAGUGCUGUCCUGCAACGAUAUUCUUGAUGGAAUUAGAGAUGUCCUUUCAGACAAAGGAAAACGUUUGUUUCGUCAUGGAUUUAAUGGCGAAUGAUCUAACAUAUUAUAUGGACCUCGAGUCUGCACAUUGCGUCAAGAAUGCUCGCAGAUGGAGCGCGCAACUAGCGCUUGGCAUCAAUGCUUUACACAACAUGGGCAUCAUCCAUCGUGAUAUCAAGGCAGAGAACGUUCUGAUCGAUAUACGACAGAACGUGCGUAUUGCUGACUUCGGGCUCAGUUAUAUCGGCGAGCCAAAACCCCUGAAUCCAUGGUGGGAUUAUUCAUCCAGCGUCAAGGGUACUGAACAUUGUAUGGCGCCUGAAAUCCUGCGCAACAUGGAAGAACCGGAUUCUAUAAAAUACGGGACGCCCGUGGACUGGUGGGCAUUCGGAUGUGUCCUGUACCAGCUUGUUUUGCCGCCGGCCCAUAAGGAGCUCUUUGAUGGGAAGGACUCUAUAAUGAAAUAUGUUGCUUGGCACUGUGAACAUUACGGAACAUUCGACUUGUUCCCUGCGUUUCAUCAACUUGAUUCCCUUGUAGCUGAUUUGCUCGUAGGGUUGCUCCAUCCCCUUUCCAUAAUGCGGUACGGGUUCCGACAGAUUACCAGUCACUGGUAUUUCUUAAACGAUGAUGGCACAUCGGAAUUUCACGGGGCCUGCUCUCGCGCUCUCCAGCGCGAAGAAGAACCAGAGAUGCUACCGUACUUGUGGGAUGAGGAGACUAGUGCCCAACCAGCAAAUAUCUGGUGCGCCCAACCUCCUGGGAUGUUUAUGCUUCCAAAUGUGGAUUGGAGAAAGCCCGGGCCGUGAAUCAUUUCUUUCCUAUGAUGCUUCCAGUUUGUGACGAUUUCAUCACGACUUUCUCUAUAUCAAGCUCUUGAUUAUACUGCGCCUCCCUUGCUACAAAUUCACAUUCAUUUAGUACCUUAGUGUCCGUAGUUUCUAUGUUUCUGUUUGCAUACAUCUUUGGCACUCUUUAUUCUAUUGUGUCUUUCUUUCUUAUCCCAAGGGGUC